AUGGAGCUUUUCCCCAACGACCAGAAACAAAAACGCCUGGAAAAUGUAGAGUUUCUCUUGGAUGUAACUGAAUUAAGGCCCGAUGUUUUUGAAGCCUUAAUGGGGAAAAAAGCGGGAGAUGUUGUCGAGACACAGAUUGUCUUUUCAAAGGAUGUGCCCGACCAAAAAAUUGCAGGAAAAAUUGUUGAAACACGUUUUUCUAUUGACGAAAUUCUGGAGCGGGCUCCUUUUGAAGUGAGUGAAGAAUUUGAUCAAUUCAUGAAAUUUGAAACCCUUGAAAAGCUUAAAGAAAAUGCGCGAAAAAAUCUUGAAUCUCAAAGAGAGUCUUUAGGAUUUUUAUGGAUCAAGCGUAAAAUAUUAGAUUUUUUUGCUCAGAAGUAUGUUUUUGAAGUUCCCCAAAAGCUGGUGGAUAUUGAAUAUCAUUCCAUCUGGAAACAAACCUAUGAAGAGCUUGGCAUUCCAGAAAUUGCACCAGAGGAUCCUAAAGAAAAGGCUGCCAUAGAAGAGCUUUUUAAAGAACAUGUUGCUAAUGCAUGGAGGAAGAACACUGGUGUUAAACCACCCAAAUCACGCGAACUGUUGACCAUAAAGCAUAAACUGCGACCAAUGACCAAGAAAUCCAAAGAUAAACGUACAACUAAACAUCACGAAUAA